AUGAGUGCACGCCAGUUAGCUGGCUCGAGUGGACUGUCGGAUCAGGCCGUUUUGUCAAAACUGCUGAAGAGAAAGGUAAGAUCCAAUUCAAGUAUUUCAUCGAAAGACGGGACGAAUGAGAAAAAGAGAGCGAAUUCAAACAAUCAUGUGAUAAAAACUACAUCAAAAAAUCCUAACCAAAAGCAAACAUAUGUUAAUUUACAUAACCUCCUUAACUCCACAAAUAAUGAAAUGAAUAAUUUAAUUAUUGAAAAUAAUAACUCUACGACACAUAUCAGUGAAUCUAUACUAGAACAUGAUGCUAACAAAACUGGAGUACCAGAAAAUGUUGUUCAGAGCUCAAAUGCAACAAAUACGCCAACAACAAUAAAUAGUAUCCCUAACGUUCCGGUCAGUAAUAGGUUUGAACCUCUUUCUACCGAAAUGGAAGACGAACCUGACGAAACAACAGUUGCUCAUCAACCACCUCCAAUUAAAAUAAAAGGCAUAACAAACUUCCAAACUCUAUGCACGAAUUUAGUAAGCCUUUUAGGAGAAAACAAUUUUGAAUGA